AACAAAACAACGCCCACACACACACUCCAACACCAACACCAACGCUUUUUCUCUCUUUCUUCACUCCUCCCUCGCUUCUCCAUCUCCGCCUCCCUCCCCUGUCUGUCCCUCGCACCAAAUUUCCUCCCUUUUACCUCGAUACCAAUCCUUAACAUCCCCUGUCCCUCGCCUGCUGCUAGUACCUCAGCCCAAUCCGGGCUACUUGUUGGAUGGACUCGGGGCUCUACUAGCUAGGCCCAGCCUCGGCGCCAGGGGCGCGGUAAGGCUGCUAGGGUUCUUGGCCCGGGCUUCUCCAAUGGUGCUGCGCCGCUUCGCGUGGCCUUACGGCGGCCAGCGCGCCUCCUUCUGUGGCAGCUUCACCGGGUGGAGGGAGUGCCCCAUGGGGCUCGUCGGGACCGAGUUCCAGGUGGUGUUCGAUCUUCCCCCGGGGGUUUAUCAGUACCGAUUUUUGGUUGAUGGUGUCUGGAGAUGUGAUGACACAAAACCUGUCGUACAUGAUGAAUAUGGACUGAUCAGCAAUGAAGUUCUUGUCACACUUGUGGAAAAUAACACACACCUGGCAGUGCAGCAAGAGCUAUCUUCCCCCAGAAGAAUGAAUAUGGACGAGGGUAUUAUUUUGACAACAAUGCCACCAGAACCAUCACCUCAAAACUCUGGCGUACAGAUCGCAAUUUUCCGCCAUCGAGUGUCUGAAAUAUUAUUACAUAGUACCAUAUAUGAUGUUGUUCCUGUUUCUAGCAAGAUAGCAAUUUUGGAUGGCCGGCUUCCUGUCAAGCAAGCAUUUAACAUUAUGCAUGAUGAGGGCCUUGCUUUGGUUCCUCUCUGGGAUGAUGGUCAGGGAACCAUAACAGGCAUGCUAACUGCAUCUGACUUUGUAUUAAUUUUGAGAAAGUUGCAGAGAAACAUUCGAGUUCUUGGCCAUGAAGAGCUUGAAAUGCAUUCAGUUUCUGCUUGGAAAGAAGCAAAACUGCAGUAUUAUGGGGGGGCUGAUGUUGCAGCCAUGCAGAGAAGGCCAUUAGUUCAUGUUAAGGAUUCAGAUAAUUUGAGGGAGGUGGCACUAACUAUAAUACAAAAUGAAAUAUCUUCAGUUCCUAUCUUCAAGUCCUCGACAGAUACAUCAGGGAUGCCUUUACUCAAUCUGGCAAGCCUUCCAGGGAUUUUGAAAUUUGUUUGCUCAAAGCUCCAAGAAUGGCAUGAAGGUUUCCCCAUUUUGCAAAAUCAGAUUGGCAGUAUUCCCAUUGGUACAUGGUCACCACAUACUGGCAGGACAAGUAAUAGACAGCUUAGAACCUCGCGACUGAGUGCUCCUCUAAUUUCCUGCCUGGAUUUCCUGCUUGAAGAUAGAGUAAGCUCAAUUCCUAUAGUUGAUGAUAAUGGAUCCCUUCUUGAUGUCUACUCACUCAGUGAUAUCAUGGCUCUGGCAAAAAAUGAUGUUUACACUCGCAUUGAACUUGAGCAGGUGACCGUGGAGCAUGCUUUGGAGCUGCAAUAUCAGGUGAAUGGGCGGAGAGAUUGUCAUACCUGUUUGAGCACAAGUACCUUGCUUGAGGUGUUGGAGCAAUUGUCUGUUCCAGGGGUGCGGCGGCUUGUCGUUAUUGAACCAAUGACUAGAUUUGUGCAAGGGAUUAUCUCAUCUCGAGACGCAAUGAAAUUUCUCCUUGGAUAACAUUUGUGUAGAACUGUAGCCAUUUUAUACAUGAAAGCCUGUUGUAUUUGAUUGGGACAAAAUAAAAAAGAAAUGUUAUUUCAGCAGAUGUGUGAGUUCUCCGUAUCUUUCCUUUUAACUUUAAAACUCUUAAUAUCAUAAAUUAUGCACAACUGAAUCUUCUUGGAAAGAACAGAGAAUGCUUUGGUGACUUGGGAAUAUGAAGACCGGACGACUGCUGCAACCUUUUUCUCCAUGGAUGGAUGUCGUUGUUGAGAACAGUUGAGUGAUAGCUAUCCUGGAAUUUUGGUACAUGAUGACUCCUGUUUUGCCUCAUAGGAAGGGUACGCUUCGAGGUAUCAUGAAACUUGAUUGUUGUAAAGAACAAAAGGAAACUUGAUUGAGAUUUGGGAGUUACA